CUUGUUGCAGGCUAUUUAGUUCAUCAUGGUUACGUCUCUACUGCACGGACUUUUCAGCGCUGGACGAAUAUGGCAACAAAUACUCCUCCGUCGACUUCUCUCUCUCUACCCGAUCUUAUAAAUAGUUCAACAUUAGACAAUCCUACUGGUGGACUGUGUACUCUUCGAUCUUCCUCUACAAACAGGGAAUCUAUCACAAACAGUCUUUCCCAUGUUGAGGCUUUCUCUAAUGUUGGGGCCACUGAUAGUGCCAAUCCUCCAUCAUCAUUGGCACUUCAUAUUUCUGAGACAAGCGGUAUUCUUGAUGUAGAGAUGGCUGAGCCAGUUGAUGCUCUAUGUUUGUCAUCAAUUAAUUCUUCUAUUAAUAGUGCAAAUGUCAUUCCCAAUAAUCCCGAAAACAUUGAAAAACCUCAAGCGAAUAUAAGCUUGAAAGAAGUUGAGAAGGAACCUAGCGAUACCAAGGCCAAUACGUCCACUCAAGAUAAUAAUCAGCUGCCAGGUCUGGCCAGUAUCUUACACCGACGUAAGCUUCGUGCCCUUUGUCGACGAUGUCAAUACGGCAGAGCAGCAAUCACGUUAAACCGCCUCUACCCCCAGGUGAUUGAUCAAUACCCUGAGCUCCUGGUUCAACUGCGCUGCCGGCAACUGGUUGAGAUGGUUAGUUAA